AUGAUAAAAUUUCAUUAUGGAUUCAACAACGAUUCUUCAUUUAAUUUGUAUUCUACAUUUCGUCAUGUUAGUGGCAUUUGGACAGGUAAAACAAACAAAGAAUUACGAGAAAUGGUGGCUGAUCGAAUUCUCAAAUCUCAAAAGAUGCGUCAAAUCGACAUUGUAUCUUACACUGGUGGCAAAAAUCUCCAACAAUUUUGCAAUGGUAUUAAAGAAGGCCGGUUAGAUGGUGGUGAACUUGCACUUAAAGCUUUGUCGAAACUAAGUCAUAAAAUAAUUCGUCUGGUUUCCUUAAGCAAAGAUGCUCAAGGUCGAAUCGCUAUUACCGUCGAUAGUAUCGGUCAAGAUGAUCCGUGUCCUUAUGAAAACUGUGUCCAUAUGUUUCACAACGCAGAAACCGACCAAUAUCAACCAUUAUACGUCAUUUGUCAGGAAACUCCACUAGAAGAAAAGACAAUUGUGGAUGCAAAUGACAAAACAAUCAUCACAGCUUUUCGUGAAUUCAUUCGAGAAGAAUUUCCUAAUGCUGAUUGCAUGCAACUGGGCGAUGAUAGUGAAGCUCCAUCGCAAGAAGCACAAUCCAAGGAAAUCGAGGAGAUGGAACGUAUGUUUUACAUGACUUACAAUGCACCCUCAUCGGACAUGCCGGUCCAAAACCCAUCGUCAAGCCUUGGAAGCUUACCGUGGGUUGGACAGGUUGCCACCGAAAAUACAUCUGGAGCACUGCCAUUAGAUUGCAAUCAAAAUCAAUUGAAUUCGGGCGAACAAAAUGAUGUCUUACCUAGUGAAUCAUAUAUGCCUGAAGGAUGUUUUUCAUCCAAUGGAUCAAUGCAAUGCAAUUUUGAUUCGGCAGAAAAUGAUGCUGCAAAUACGGAUCAGAUGCCAUAUAUAAAACUAGCUGUUGAUCUUCCAGAUAGAUUUCGUGGUCGUACAAAAGGUGAAUAUGUACAAAAGAAGUCAACGAAGAAAAAUAAUCAACAAGCACAACUAAGAUCAAUACGCUAUUUGUCGGACCGAGAAAACCAUCGUUGUCUCACUCUGUUGAUCCACGAAAGACUUUUGCAGAUGUACUUAUUCCCAAUGUAUUUUGAAGUUACCCCUAUUACGAUGGACAUUGGGGGAUAUUCCUAUGUCAAUUCAUUUAUGAAGAUAAAAGAAAAUCCAGCCGAUGCUCAAUCACCGACGUCCAAUCCAUUUUAUUUCACCAUUGAGAGUCUAAAUGAAUUAACUCGUUAUUCAAAUACACAAUACUAUCAAUUCAGAUUGAAACUUACGCUAGUUGUUCUCACAGCCCGAGAAUUGAUGCAAUGUAAGCAACCAUUUGAAAUCUUUCCCGUUUCACACAACGGUACUACGCAAAAGCCAAUAACAAAAAAAUUCAAAAAGACUACGGAACUCAAACAAGCUUACGAUGUUCACAAUAUGCGUCUUGCGAUCACCUUAUGCACGACAGAUCGUGUUGAUGGCACUUUGUAUCGAAAUUCCGACGUCCAAUAUAUCAGUAACAUCUCAACCGAGGAUCGAAAACAUAAGAAGUUAAACACCAAGGUGUCGUUGGAAACAAGAUGUGCUCGUACUCCUUAG